UAAUUGGUAAAUCACGGAAUACUUUUGGUUCAGAGUAUGAUGAACCAAAAGUAUUCCGUGAUUUACCAAUCCAAUCAUCAUAUGGUGCACCACUCGUCGAAAAAUCAAUCAUCCUUGCUGAUGAACCAAAAGUUGAAUAUGGUGCCAAAACCGAAUUUGUUGUUCCACAACAAGAACGAUUAAUUGAACCAGUCGUCUCAUCAUAUGGUGCUCCACGUAUGCACAAACAAACCUUCUUUCAAAAACCAACCAUCCGAUCAUUCGAUCGUCUUCCAUCAUCCGGAUAUUAA